GUUCUACUCAAAGUCUCUCCUACAAGAGGUGUAAUGAGGUUCGGGAAGAAAGGGAAACUAAGCCCGAGAUUCAUCGGACCCUAUGACAUCCUAGAGAAGGUGGGAAAAGUGGCAUAUCGAUUAGCUCUACCCACGGAGUUGGAUAAGGUACAUAACGUCUUUCACGUAUCACAAUUAAAGAAGUAUGUUCGAGAUGAGUCACAUAUCAUCAAUCCGGAGGUGAUUGAAAUGGAUGAGACAUUAUCCUACGAAGAAAAACCCAUAGAGAUUCUCGAUACUAAGACCCGAGAGACAAGGAAGAAGACAGUUAAGAUGGUAAAAGUACUUUGGUCAAACCAUUUGACCGAGAAUGCAACAUGGGAGACAGAAGAGGAUAUGCGUAA